AUGAUUGGGGGGAAGCUGCUGAAGCAAGAAGCUGAGUUUAAAUAUCUUGGUAAAAUGAUAGGCACAAAGAAGUGUCAACGGAGCGACUCAAAAAGGACACUUGAAAAAGCAUAUGCGGCAUGCAGAUCCACUAAAGCUAUACUAUCCAUGAUGAGGAAUAGUAAAAUUUCAAAAAAAGCAGUCAUAGCCCAAGCGUGCAUAGACACAGUAGCACUAUACUCUAAAGAAUGCAAUUAA